AUUAUUGGCAAGAAGUCCUACCCCUUCUCUCUAGAGGCCAAUGAUAUUUCCACAUUGACUAAAUCAGACCAAUCAGCUUCAUGCACCAAUGAGUACACACUUCAUAUGGAACCACAAAACAAAUUGAUCAGAGAUCGCGUUUGGUACUCGAAAGAAAGGAAUUUGAAAAAAUUAAAGAGCGAUAAUAUGAAGCUAAAUGGAGACUUCCUUACAUUGGCUCCUCCAUCGAUUGUCGAUUCUCCACCGUUGGACCAUUCCUUUCAAGAUAGGCAACAGUUAUCUGAAAACAGGACUGGUAUUGCUGAUAAGGAAUCGGUCAACAGCGGAAUAUUCCAUCGACGGAGUGGAUUGGUGGGAAAUUCUUCAAGAUAUUUUUCAAAUAAUUUGGGAACUUGUCAAAAUACAAACUAUGGAAACAAUGGCAAUAGUGAAAAGGGAGAAAUAGUUGAUCUCAGUCUGAAGCUAUAGUAGCUUUGUUCAGGUUUUUGGAAUGACUUGGUUUGUGUGUAAUUAAUUGUUUAAUUUAAAC